AGGAAGAGCUGAUCAGGAUUUAAACUUUCUCCUUUUCCCCCCAAAGGAGCAAAACAGUAAAAAUAAAACAGGAGGCCAAACUUCUGUCCUGGGAGAGCGCAGCAAAGGGCCUGCUUGUCCCAGGGAACACUGGGUCCCUCAGCCUGCCUGGGGACCAUCACCCAACGCUGCCACCCCUUACCCACCUGGCAAUAGGACACUCUGUGAAGCUCUGGCCCUGCUGCAGAGCUCCUGACUUAGAUAAGUAACUGCUCAAACAAAGGGUGCAGGUUCCAGUGGCUUGAUGACGGAUUGAGGCUCUGAAUUCCUGGUCCAGGAGGGCUUGCUUGUUCAGGGAAGCCUGAGCAGCUCUGGCAGCAGAGUUUACACCUCCCCUCUCCCUGUCUGAACUGGGGUGGAAGCAGUGCUUGAACUGAGAGCUUCAGCUCAGCAGGUGCAGGAGGGACUCAGAUGUGGGUCUUCUCCAGGUGGGUCCAUACGGGGCCACGGGUGCACCGUCCCCUCCACACUGCUCAGGGGUCAUUCUUCACAUCCUCUUUUUCUGCUGAAACUAUUUGGUGAAUUUGAGUCAAGUGCACAAAUGUUUCUGAUGACUACCUUUUUUUUUUUUUUUUGGCAACACAGAUGCAGGAUUUGCGCAUGUAUCUCUGUGAGCAGGGUUGGGGGUGGCUCAGCUCCCCUCCUGUAACACAUAGCAAAUGUAACCAAUACAGGCAAAGCCUGUUUCCCCUGUGGACAGGGAUCGUUGCCACCGGCUUAGGAUGGCUGAGGUCUUUCUGUGACCUUCAGGCCUCGGAGUUCAGCGAGCAGAUGGGCCCAGGAGGGUUGAGCAGCUGGGGUCCCCAGCUACACAGACCUGCAUUCUAGCUCUGGGUCUUCUAAGUAGGGCCUGUGGGGACUGCAGAUGCAUGGAGACAUGCCCUAGUGGACAGCCCUGGGAUACAGAGGAAAAAGGAGACAGCUGGAACUGGAGAGCCUGUCCGUGUGGCCUCGAACUUCCAGACAGCUCUAUAGGAGCAUCCAUGAAUUAGAGUCCUACCAUACAAGGAGUUGCCUCCUCCCACAGCCUUCAGCUGUUCAGAAAUGACUGCCAGCCCCCUUAGCUCUGUAUCUAUCUGGUACCCAAGCAGUUGAUAUGUUUCCUGUUCUGGCAAAGAACGCCCACAUUAUCCCUGGAGUUGGUCUGGAAUUCCCUGUGCCUGGCCUCUCCAUGCUGUCUGCUGCACAUCUCUGUGCCUGGGUUUUCCCUGUGGAAAAAGCAAGAUGCUGCAUAGGGAAGAGCCCUUGUAGGCCACCACAGUAGGUUCCCAGCUGGUCAGGGCCACCAGUGGCAAGUGAGAGGGCCAGGCAGGCAUUAAAAGGUGGAGGGGAAGCUGCAAAGAAACAUUCAUCAGGGCUAAAGCUGCUUGAUUUGGGCUUUAAUGCCUAUUUUAAAAAGAAAAGCUGGGGAAAACCUGUCCUGUGGAUGUUGUGAUUUCUUCCUGGCUAUUCCUCUGGGUCAGCACCGCAGCACAGGUCUCCACUGUGUGAGUGCGUGGGUGGCUGGCAGGGAUGGCUAGCUCUCCUGUUCCAGCCACCCUGGAGGAGUACAGGCACAGUUCAGUGCUGAGCCCCACACCUAGUUGCUAAAGACAGAGGGACACUUAGACCUAGGAGGUUUCAGUCUGGGGAAAUGUGUUCCAGUGAUUUUUUUGCCCCGUCCCCACCACUUCUGACCUGGCGCUUUGAGGCCAUCUUCCUCUUGAGUUUCACCGCACUCAUCAGGCUGCUCAGCUCUUGCCCACAGUGACUGAGAUGCGCUUGCCUGAGGUGUGGGAUCAGGGUGAUGGAAGACAGGGCAGCUUAGACGAGUCUCUGCAGGGUUGUAGUAAGGUGACUCAGUCUGGCUCAGUCCAGUGUAGCAGAAUGUAAUCAGAGUGUUUUUGAGCUGAGCAUUACUCUGAGCUGGCUUUCAGGCUGUUUAUGUGAAUAGGCUUGCUCACAUCUUCCUACUUCCCCAUUAGGUCUCUGAGCAGGGAUAUCUUAAGAGCCUUGCUGCUGUGUCCCCCAUUGCACUCCCAGAGGGCAAGGCCCUGUGUGUUUCAAAGAUGGCGAGAUGGCUGCCUCGCUCUGCAGACCUGACCCGCUUCUGCCAGAAACUCAACCGAGUAAAGACCUUGGAGGACAACAUGAUGGAGACAUCCUUCAACAGAUGCCUCUCCACCAUUGACUUGACACUGCUGGGCAUCGGGGGCAUGGUGGGCUCUGGGCUCUAUGUCCUCACAGGCACUGUAGCCAAGGAGAUUGCUGGCCCUGCUGUCAUUGUCUCUUUCAUCAUUGCUGGCUUUGCCUCGCUCCUGGCUGCUCUCUGCUAUGCUGAGUUUGGGGCCCGGGUACCCAAGACAGGCUCUGCCUAUAUGUUCACCUACGUGUCUGUGGGUGAGAUCUGGGCCUUCCUCAUCGGUUGGAAUGUGCUGCUGGAAUACAUGAUCGGAGGAGCUGCAGUGGCCAGGGCAUGGAGUGGUUACCUGGAUUCCAUCUUUAACCACAAAAUAAAGAACUUCACUGAGACCCACAUUGGCACAUGGCAGGUGCCAUUCCUGGCGCACUACCCGGACUUCCUGGCAGCUGGCAUCUUGCUAGUAGCCACUGCAUUCAUCUCCUUUGGGGCCAAAGUUUCCUCCUGGCUCAACCAUGUCUUUUCAGCCAUCAGCAUGGGUGUCAUCCUCUUCAUUCUCAUCACAGGCUUCAUCCUUGCACAGCCCAAGAACUGGAGUGCUAAGGAAGGAGGUUUUGCCCCAUUUGGGCUGUCAGGCAUCAUGGCCGGAACAGCCACAUGCUUCUAUGCCUUUGUGGGCUUUGACGUCAUAGCAGCCUCGAGUGAAGAAGCCAGGAACCCCCAGAAGGCAGUUCCUAGAGCGAUAGCUUUCUCCUUGGGGCUGGCCACUGGGGCUUACAUCCUAGUGUCUAUGGUGUUGACGCUGAUGGUGCCCUGGUAUACACUGGACCCUGACUCUGCCCUGGCGGAUGCAUUUUACCGGAGGGGUUACUCCUGGGCAGGAUUUCUGGUAGCUGCUGGCUCCAUCUGCGCCAUGAACACAGUCCUGCUGAGCAACCUCUUCUCCCUGCCACGCAUUGUCUAUGCCAUGGCAGAGGAUGGGCUCUUCUUCCAGGUGUUCUCCCGGGUCCACCCCCGCACACAGGUGCCCGUCAUUGGCAUUGUGGUGUUUGGGAUGCUCAUGGCACUGCUGGCCCUUAUCUUCGACCUGGAGGCCCUGGUGCAGUUCCUGUCCAUUGGCACUCUUCUGGCCUACACCUUUGUGGCUGCCAGCAUCAUUGUGCUGCGCUUCCAGCAGCAGAAAAUAGAUAUUCCCGGUCAGCCAGCCGGCAAGCAGACCAGUCCUGGGCCCAGCGAGGGCCCUGCCACUGGUGAGCUGAAGGAGUACGAGUCCUUCUCCGACAAGCUCCAGCUGGUGGAUGGAGACAAGAGCAAAGAGCAGCGGGAGCCAGGGCAGCUGAAGGCAGCUUUUGAACCCUACCUGGAGUUCCUCAGUGACUUCUACCCAGGAGAGGUGGUCACCAUUGGUGUGGUUACCCUGAUGGUGUCCGCCAUCUGCCUGUGCUCUAUCUUGGUGUUUGGCAACACCCACCUCCACCUGCCAACCUGGAGCUACUCCCUGCUGCUGGUCCUCUUCAGCCUGGGGUUUCUGCUCAGCCUCCUCCUCAUCUGGGCCCAUGAGCAGCAGCACAGCACACAGACCUUCCAGAUACCCCUGGUGCCCCUGUCCCCCGCACUGAGUAUUGUCCUGAAUAUAUAUCUCAUGCUGAAGCUCAGCUAUAUGACAUGGCUCCGGUUUGCUAUCUGGCUGAUCAUAGGCUUACUUGUAUAUUUCGGUUAUGGCAUCUGGCACAGCAAAGAGAACCUGCGGGAGCCCAAGCCACAGCAUGUGAGUGCCCGGUACGUGGUGUUUCCCAGUGGCAGUCUG